CAGAGCGGCGGCGGCAGAGCCAUGGCGGAUUACGAAGCGGUGCAGCGCGGACCGCUGCGGCUGAAGGGCAGCGGCGGGGCCAUGGGGGCCGGCAAGCGGAAGAAGAAAAAGGCGAAGGAGAAGGCUCAGAUCCUGGAGCAGAUCGUGAGCAGCAAGAAGCAGGAGGAGGAGAAGAAGCGCGGCCUGGACAAGCGGACCCCGGCGCAAGUGGCCUACGAGAAGAUGCAGGAGAAGCGGCAAAUGGAAAGGAUCCUGAAGAAAGCCUCUAAGACCCACAAGCAGAGAGUGGAGGACUUCAACAGGCACUUGGAUACUCUGACCGAGCAUUACGACAUUCCUAAAGUCAGCUGGACCAAGUGAAGGGACUGCUCGCCAGGGCUGUGGAUCAGGAGUUGUGUUUUGUUUGUCCUGGACGGGAGGGUUGCCAUCCCGAUCCGAGUAUUCUCCGUACUGAAUGUUUAAUAUAUCUUCCGAGCGUUUACAGCUUCCUGCUGGUUUAUUUCGCUGCUCUGUUUUCAUUUCACUGCUUUGUUUUUAUUUCACUGCUUUGUUUUUCAAAACCAAAGAGGCAACAAAGCCUCUUCUUGGCCGGGGAAGCUCUGA